CGACGACGACGCUCCCGCGGGGGUCCCGCCUGAGGAGGACGCGGCCGCGGCGGCGGCGAGGCCGCGGGAGGCCGCGGAGGAUGGAGGAGCGGAAGGAGGAGGGCGAGGCCGAGAUCCAGGAGCACGGGCCCGAGCACUGGUUCUCCAAGUGGGAGCGGCAGUGCCUGGCCGAGGCCGAGCAGGACGAGCAGCUGCCCCCGGAGUUGCAGGAGGAGGCGGCGGCCGCCGCGCAGCCCGAACACAAGCAACAGAAGCUGUGGCACCUCUUCCAGAACUCGGCCACCGCCGUGGCCCAGCUCUACAAAGACCGGGUGUGUCAGCAGCCAGGACUUUCUCUGUGGGUUCCCUUCCAAAACGCAGCCACCGCCGUCACGAACCUCUACAAAGAAAGCGUGGAUACUCAUCAGAGAAGUUUUGAUAUUGGAAUUCAGAUUGGCUAUCAGCGACGCAAUAAGGAUGUGUUGGCUUGGGUUAAAAAGCGCAGAAGAACUAUUCGUAGAGAAGAUUUGAUCAGCUUCCUGUGUGGAAAGGUUCCUCCACCACGAAAUUCUAGAGCUCCCCCAAGACUGACUGUAGUGUCCCCUAACCGAGCUACUUCAACGGAAACUAGCUCAUCUGUAGAGACUGAUUUGCAACCCUUCCGGGAAGCUAUAGCUCUGCAUGGUCUUAGUGGUGCAAUGGCUAGUAUAAGCGUGCGCUCGAGUACCCCAGGCUCUCCUACACAUGUAAGCAGUGGAUCGAAUGCUAGUCGAAGGAGAAAUGGACUCCAUGAUGUCGAUUUGAACACUUUCAUAUCAGAAGAAAUGGCACUCCACUUGGACAAUGGUGGAACUAGAAAGCGUACCUCAGCCCAGUGUGGCGAUGUCAUUACAGACUCACCAACCCAUAAACGCAACAGAAUGAUCUAAACUGCAAACAUUUUUCAC